GAUCCACCAACAGGGCUCUUCUUACGUUUUUACGACCUGGAUGGAAUCCUGCACUGCCCUCUCGGGCUGUAGGCAUUUUUCCGGGGUGGGGGCUGGCAAAGUAAAACAGUGAAAGGUGGGAGCAGAGAAAAAGAGGGAGAAUAGGCGCAUUUGCCCCAUACAUUGCAAACACUAGAAAUUUACUUUAAAAAAUAUUAAUGACAGUGAGGAAUCUGGGGGCGGGGUUUGUGUCCAUGGGUCGUGAGGCAAGUGCUCCCCCGCCCCCAGGCACACCCGCCUGGAUCCUGCAAGACCGAGGAGGCACCAAGUGCAGCCCUUUCGCCGGCUCCUUUCCAAGGCCGCUCUUGGCUCGGCUGAGCAGCUCCAGGGCGCCGCCGCUGGCAUACAUGUCCCAGGUGCCUUUGGGCGAAGGCGGCACCUCUCCUCCUCCCCGCCCCGGGCUGCCCCCUUUGCACGUGGGGCCCCGAGGAGCCUGGCCCCAGCGUGCCAAGGGGGCGCAGAGAGUGGAGGGCGAGCGCGCGCGCGCCAUGGAGGAGCCGGGCGAGGGCGCCAGGCAGCCCCAGGAACAGCAACUGCAGCGGCGGGGCGGCGGCGGCGGCUCCUCUCUGGCGCUGCUCACCGACCUCUACCAGUUCACCAUGGCUUACGGCUACUGGCGAGCCGGGCGGCACCGGGAGCCGGCCGCCUUCGAACUCUUCUUCCGCCGCUGCCCGUUCCGGGGCGGCUUCGCCCUCAGCGCCGGCCUGGGCGAGUGCCUCACUUUCCUGCGCGCCUUCCGCUUCUCCCAAGCAGACCUUGAGUAUCUCGCAUCGGUCCUUCCUGGUACCACAGAGAAAGCUUUCUUUGAUUACCUGCGUACUGUGGAUGCAUCCGAAGUUUCUGUCUCGUCUGCUCCAGAGGGCUCCGUUGUCUUUUCCAGGGUACCGUUGCUUCAAGUGAAGGGCCCUUUGCUAGUGGUACAACUUCUAGAGACCACCCUGCUGUGCUUAGUGAACUACGCCAGCCUUGUGGCUACGAAUGCUGCCCGGUUCCGGCUCAUAGCAGGCCCAGAGAAGAAGCUCAUGGAAAUGGGGCUGCGUCGGGCCCAGGGACCAGAUGGGGGCCUCUCUGCAUCCAAGUAUUCGUAUGUGGGGGGGUUUGAUUUCACCAGCAAUGUCCUAGCUGGGAAACUCUACGGGAUCCCAGUGCGGGGAACUGUUGCACAUUCCUACAUCUUGUCCUUCACCUCGCUGGCUGAGGUCAACCCACGGAGGCUGCAGCCCCAGCAUGGGAUGGACCCUGUGGACUUUCCAUCCUUAGUGGAGUCUUGGCUUAGCCGGGUCUGCCAGUUACUCCAAGUCCCGGUGGAGAGGGUGAACUGUGGGGAGCUGGCUGCCUUUGUCUCCUACGCCAUCACCUUCCCGCACAACUUCCAAGGGCUGCUGGACACCUUCUGCGUCAUGAAGAGCGGCAUCCCAAACUUCUGUGCCGUCGCCCUUGCGCUGAACGAGCUCGGAUACAGAGCCAUCGGAGUCCGCCUGGACAGCGGGGACCUGGCCAAGCAGUCGGCAGAGAUACGGCGAGCGUUUCGCACCUGCAGCAAGCACUUUCAGGUCCCCUGGUUUGAAACAGUCCCCAUCGCCGUGAGCAAUGAUGUGAGCGAACAGUACCUUGAGGAUCUUGCUCAGGAGGGAAAUGAAAUAGACAUGAUUGGCAUUGGGACUCAUCUUGUGACCUGCCCACUUCAGACUUCUCUGGGCUGUGUGUACAAGCUGGUGGAAGUGAAGGGCUGUCCAAGGCUGAAGGUGACUGAAGACAAAGAGAAGACGACCCUCCCAGGAAGCAAGCAGGUCUACAGGCUCUGGGAUGCGGCUGGAUUCCCAUGUAUGGAUCUCAUGAGUUUGGAGGAAGAGCCGCCUCCAAGGGCUGGCCGGGAGGUUGAGUUCUGGCUGGUAGGAACAAAUGGAAAAUCUGGGAAGGUGACUCCCACAGCUGUGGAAAUCCUGCACCGUGUCUACCUCAAAGAUGGGCAGGUUUGCCAGCCACUCCCCAGCCUUGUGGAGAUCAAGGACCACGCGCAAGCCUCCUUGAACAAGCUCAACCCUGUCCAUAAAAGACUGAGGAAUCCAGAGGUCUACCAGGUGGCUGUGACAGAAAAGCUCCAUUUGCUCCUCCUCGAUCUUCAGAGAAACAGCUCAUGAACCGCAAAGCCGUUGUCCGUGCUAGGAGUGGAGGCCAGCUUCCUCUCUGCACCGUGCACUGAAUCCUGCCGGCAGCCUACGGAUGCACCACGUUGUGUGUGCCUUGAAGAACUGAAAUGUCUCUUUUUACAUGAUGCGCUAAAUGGGAUCUAUGGCUUUGUAUUUCACAGGCUGCUGUGCCAACAUGGGAAUUGGGUGGCUGGUACAGAGCAGAGUCUCUUGUGAAUGAAGCGUUGCAGAGCACCUGGGAAUAGGCAAUGUGUAGACGCCACAGGCUAAAUCCAGUUCAUUUCAGAGCCUGGCCCAUUGCUAAGGGCGCUCCCAGACUCGCUAUUUUCAGGUGGGAUUCAAUCACAUACUGGCAAAUUCAGGCUGCACAAUUAUAGUUUAUUUGGAGGUCUUGUGCACCAAGCCUACUUCCCCAAGAGAUCUGACUUUUUGCGAUGAGGAAGUGAGGCAAACAAAUCAGGAUGAACGCUCCAUAAACAGGUUGUCUGGAAGCACUCUAAGACUGCAGCACACACAGAUAAGCUGUUGGCACCAGCCACCCAAGUUUGGUCUUAGAGAGAUUAUGUGAUACUAAACAGGAACAGUAAAACUGGGCUAACCUAAUGUGGAAGAGCCAGAAGAAAAGUGCCUUGAAUGCUACUGAUACUGGUUUUUGUACCUGUGUCAGAACAGAUCAGAUUGCAUUUAUACUCUAAUUUUUUAAUUUUUUUGGGUAGCUGAUUGAUCAAAUUGCACAUGCUGUUUACAGGACAUAGAACUGCAGAGACCAACCAUUUUCAGAUAUGAAUAUAUAUUAUUGUGCUACUGUACACACAGAAAUAAAUAGUGCUAAUCCUUAUUCUAUUAUUAUUUAUUUAAUUUGUAUCCCGCCCUUCCCAGCAGGAGCCCAGGGCGGCAAACAAGGCACUAAAAACUUUAAAACAUCAUAAAAACAAAUCUUAAAAUACAUUAAGACAAAACA